AUGACACUCUUCCUUUCAAGUGAUAAUUAUGCAUAUUACGGUUCAAGAUUUAUAAUAGUUAUGCAUAUUACGGUUAAAGAUUUAUAUGAAUUUCGGAAAAAGAACUAUCCAUAUGAAAGUGAAGUCAACUUGAAGGCUGAAUUAUUUGAAGCAGUACAACAUUCACAAGAUCUGACUGAGGAGCCUUCCUCAAGUCAAACAAAUUUGUUUGAUUUCUCGAAUCUUGUUGUAGAUGCUGAGACUUUAGAAGAACAAACAAAGAAUCGAGAAGAAGGUCAAGAUUCUAAUUCCGAGUAUGCUAAAUCACAAAGAGAGCACAAGAUACGGUUUAGGAAAGAGAUUCAGGAGAAAGGAUUGAACGUGAAAAAUGAAGUGCAAGCUUCGCCAACCUUAAAUUAUUAA